AUGGGCCUUGCUGGCACCAUUCCUCCACAUAUGGGAAAUCUUUCAUUUCUUGUUAAGCUAAGUGUCACAAACAACAGUUUUCAUGGCUCUAUACCCAACGAGCUGGCUCGACUUUACCUGUUGGAACUAUUGGACUUUGGAUUCAAUGACUUAAUUGGAGAAAUCCCAUCAUGGAUGGGGUUGUUAUCCAAACUUCAAUAUUUGUUUCUACAUGGUAAUGGUUUCAAUGGUACUAUCCCACCAUCUUUAUCCAACAUAUCUUCGUUGGAAAUAAUUGAUCUCGGAUAUAACCAGCUUUCAGGUGAAAUUCCAAGCGAAAUUGGUAAUUUACAAAACCUAGAGAUAUUCAAUAUCGAGAAUAACAGCUUUGUUGGCCCAAUUCCAUAUGAAAUCUUCAAUAUCUCUACACUACAAAGCAUUGCAAUAACUUUGAAUAAGCUCUCAGGCCAUCUUCCACCAAAUAUAGGCAUUUUCCUUCCAAAUCUUCAAGAACUCUAUCUUGGGGCAAAUGAAUUGAGCGGAACAGUUCCCAGCUCUAUCUCCAAUUCAUCACAACUCAUGGACCUAGAAUUGGUUCAAAACUCAUUCUCAGGCUUAAUUCCUAAAACACUUGGGAAUUUAAGGCUGCUCAAGAGACUCAACUUGGGACAAAAUGAUUUGACUGUUGGAUCGCAAGAAUUGAGCUUUUUGAUCUCUUCUUUGUCGAAUUGCAUAUAUCUCAAAGCAUUAAUUUUAUCAGACAAUCCACUAAAUGACAUCAUGCCUAAUUUCGUUGGAAAUCUCUCUAAUUCUCUUCGAAGAUUUUCAAUGUUUAAUUGCAGUAUUAAGGGCAGCAUUCCUAGUGAUAUUGGAAAUUUAAGUAGCUUGACAGCUUUGAACCUGCGAACAAAUGAAUUGGAUGGACCAAUUCCAGCGACAGUGGGAAGGUUGCACAUGCUUGAAGGUUUGUUCCUUCAAAGUAAUAGACUAGAAGGUCCCAUCCCAUCUGAUCUUUGUCGUUUAGAGAGCUUGUUUGAAUUAAACUUAGCUGGUAAUGAGCUUUCUGGACAUAUUCCUAUAUGCAUGGAUAAUCUAACUUCUCUAAGACAUCUCUACUUAGGCUUCAACCAAUUAACUUCUACUGUUCCCAUGAGCUUGUGGAGUCUAACAUACCUCUUGGAGGUCAACCUCUCAUCAAAUUCUCUAAGUGGCUCUCUCACAUUAAUGAAUAUUGGAAAUAUGAAGGUCUUGACAAAAUUGGAUUUAUCAAGAAAUGAGUUGUCAGGCGGUAUUCCAAUAACAAUUAAUGGCCUUAAAGAUCUAGUUCACCUCUCAUUUGCAAACAAUCGAUUAGAAGGCUCAAUUCCUGAAUCAUUUGGUGAAUUAGUAAGCUUGGAGUACUUGGAUCUUUCGAGUAAUAAUUUAGCUGGAGAGAUUCCAAAGUCCUUAGAAGUUCUCCAAUAUCUCAAAUAUUUGAACGUAUCUUUUAACAAACUACAAGGAGAAAUUCCUUCAGGCGGACCAUUCAUAAACUUUUCGGCUGCAUCAUUUAUGUCAAACAAGGCACUUUGUGGUGCUUCCAGACUACAAGUUCCCCCAUGUAAAGAAGGUGCUCCUCGACCAAAAAAGGCUACAACAAUUCGUGCACUAAAGUAUGUAUUAUUGGCAAUUGGGUUAACAAUACUUGUAGUGGCCUUUUUAUUAGCUUGGAUAAGAUGUCAAAAAAGGAUUGUCAAAUUUCCAGUUGAGGAAGAGUCGUUACUUGUAACAACAUGGAGAAGAAUUUCUCACCAAGAACUUCUACAAGCAACAAAAGGAUUCAAUUCAAACAACUUAGUUGGUGAAGGGAGUUUUGGGUCCGUAUAUAAAGGAACACUAUUAGAUGGGAUGAAUGUUGCAAUAAAAGUUUUAAACUUGAAAGUAGAAGGGGCAUUCAAGAGUUUUAAUGCAGAGUGUGAAGUAUUAUGCAAUAUUCGUCAUCGAAAUCUAAUCAAAAUCAUAAGUGUUUGCAGUUGCAUCGACUUCAAAGCCCUUAUAUUGGAAUACAUACCUAAUGGAAACCUAGAGAAGUGGUUGUAUUCUCACAACCACUAUUUGAGUAUCUUACAAAGGCUAAAUAUAAUGAUCGAUGUAGCGUGGGCAUUAGAAUACCUUCAUCAUGGUUAUUCAACACCCAUUGUUCAUUGUGAUUUGAAGCCUAACAAUAUCUUGUUAGAUGAAGAUAUGGUUGCACAUGUCACUGAUUUUGGCACGGCCAAGCUCUUAGGUGAUGGAGACUCGAUGAAGAGAACUAUGACUCUCGCUACCAUUGGUUAUAUGGCACCAGAGUAUGGAUUGGAAGGAAUUGUUUCUACAAGAGGCGAUGUUUAUAGUUAUGGUAUUGUAAUGAUGGAAACAUUCACAAGAAAGAAGCCCACAGAUGACAUGUUUGCUGGAGAAAUGAGCUUAAAGCGUUGGGUAGAGGAUUUGUUACCUCUUUCAGAAAUUGAAGUUGUGGAUGCCAAUUUGGGAGGAACCGAAGGACAUUCUGCUAUGGAUUGUAUAUCAUCCAUCAUGCGAUUAGCUUUGGAUUGUUGUGCAGAGUCACCUGGACAGAGGAUUGAUAUGAAAAAUGUUUCAAUCACACUCAACAAGGUCAAAUUCAAGUUUCUACAAGAUGUUAGAGGAGUCUAA